AUUGAUACAUCCGUUCUAGCUCUCACACUAUUUAUUAUAUUCUCAAUAACCCAUAAUAUCAAAUCGCUUCGAAUGAUUCAGAAUCUCAGAUUGAUCUAAUCGGAUUGAUUAUCGCGCGCAACUACGAAAAUAGAUCGGAUCUCUAAUUCAACCGGCAAACAUAGAUGGAUAGGGGAUUAACGGAUAGAGAAGAAAAGAAGCGAUGUCACUGCGUCAUUGUACGUGAUUGAUUUCCCCGAAUAUUCGUGAAUAAAAAAAACCCCGACACGCGUCACGAUGAUGUCAGGAAGAGAAAAACAAUAAACAUUGAUUUCUCGAAAAAAAAGAACCGUGGGAAAUGAAUGCGUUAUGAAACUUCGGACGGUAUUGAUGACGGAUCAACGAGGACGUACUGUCGAAAGCAACCGCACGUGACUACACGCUUGUCACUGCCAUUGGCCGAUCAGCACUAUAGACGACAUAGCCGGUCGAUAGGCAUCCUCGGGAAUUCUUCGCUUGUUCAUAUAAGAGACGCGAUUGACUGAUUCAGUUCGGCCGAGUUUCAUCGUCGAGAUAUCACGCAAAUUUUCGCUCCUCUCCCUCUUUCUUUCUCUCCUUCUCCCUUUCCGCGAAGCCUGACGGGAUUAACGAGCAGCGCCAAAAUGUUGGAACCGGAAGUAAGAGCCAAGUCCAUCAAUCUGCGACGAGGCAUCAGUUUGAGGAUACCGUUGAUGAACGAUCUUAUCGAAGAGAGCGAGCUAGGCCUGUGUCGCAGCGAUUCCUUGAAGAUUUCACGAGCCAACGGUGCCGAUCACGUCGUCGCGCGAGAAGCGCGUCUGAUGAACGCGGAGUCGUCGCCGUUGACAACGUCCUUGUCGUCAUCGUCGUCGGAUAGAGGCGCGAGCUGCGGCAGCAACAGCAAAACGUUCCGACCUAUCAAGCGUUACGCACCAGGGAGCGACGCACCUGCGCCGGAAUAUCUCGCCAGGAGUCUCCUGCAACUCGGAUGUCCCGCAGUGUCGAUGCCAACACCUCGUGGCGGUGUCGGAUCGGAGCAACCGCCAAGUAGUGAUAGCGAUGAUUACACCACCGCCCAUCGCCAGGGCGCAGGUGGUUAUGGACAAAAUCUGGACGUUUACACCGUGCCCAAGGUCCAGGUGUCGGGCCCAUCUAACGCCAAUGAAUCCGCUUCCGUCAUCAAUGGGUCUGCGGGGUCCAUAGGCGCGCGGUCGGCACCCAGCACACCCUCGCAAGCUGUCCUUGACGCGCCACAGGCCGCGGGCCAGCAAUCGAUCAGCGGGUCCCAGCUCACCGUUGCAGGCGCCAGCUAUCCUCAGCCUCCGAGGAGCCCCAGCCACGCGGCCUUGCGAUGUAACGACAGUCACCUUUCGAAACCGUUGAGUAGGAGUACACCAUCGAUGGCAGCUGGCGGCGCACAGACUCCAGCAAAGGUUAGCAGCAGAUCUUCGUCGAGGUCGUCGCCGACGUCCACUAGCAGUGCGAGACAGAAGAAGUUUCACAGGCAUUUCGCUCAGGUAGCAGAGGACGAGCACGUGCUCAAUUAUUACAGCUGCGCGCUGGUGGGCGACAUCCUGCUGCAGGGUCACCUGUACAUUACGCCCAACUACUUCGCCUUCUACAGCAAUGUGUUCGGUUACGUGACGAAGCUGCUGAUACCGACUGCGUCUGUGCUGAAGAUCAGCAAGGAGAAAACCGCUCGUAUUAUACCGAAUGCGGUGGCGGUGGCCACCGAGGAAGAGCGGCAUGUCUUUUGCUCGUUGCUGUCGCGCGACUCGACCUACAAGCUGAUGAAGCAGGUAUGGGACGCGGCGUUGGAGCCGCGCACGAUACCGGACGCCGUCUUGCCUGACAACGACACCAAAUUAAUAGCGCCGGAAGCGAUGCUCGUCAGCGAGGAGAACAUCGUGGAGUCGUCGCAUGAAUCUAGCGCAUCUGAAAGUGGCACCGAUGCCACGGCGACGACCUCUUCCAGACCGAUUACCUGCGUCGACAACACCGAGAUCGCGCCCGUGGUACUCAACAGGCCGAGUUUACCACCUGCCAGAUUUGAAACAGUGGUAUUAACGAAGACACUGGUGCCCGCUAGAUCCGGCAGAUUGCAAUUUCUCUUUGCCAAUGGUGUGAAACCCGGCAUGGUGAUAGCGAUACUAAUGGCUCUCUUAGCAGUUCUCUACGUAUCGGCGGCUCUAAUGAUGAUGCGUAUCGAUAAGCUGCAUACCGCUUAUCUAAACCAUCCUUUCGUCUCGCCAGAACGUUUCACGCAAGAUCGACUAUUGCAUUACCUUAACACGAAUUUGGAUCAAAUUGUGAAGGUGCGGCAGAGUCUGCAGACACUAUCGCAACAAUUCGUGACGAUGAGCCAAGGUGGUAGCGAGACGGGGCCGGCUGGUGGCGUAGUCGAACCGGAAGACGCACCGAGUUAGCCUUUGACUGUGAGGCUCGAUAUAAUUCAGCUAAAAAACGGCACGAGGCUCCGUCGUCUCGCCAGUGUACGCGGCGUCGUCUCAUAAACGAUGACGUCGACGUCGUUUUCGUUUUGUCUUCGUUAUCGCCGCGUUAAUUCUCGGCGAUCGCGACGGCGAUCCUUUUCCCGAGAUCAUGCGCGAUCGUUCCCCUCAAAUAAGCGUCGUUAUUGUCGUCACUUUUAGUAUCUAGACUUUGCGAGGGAGUUUAGAGAAGAGGCAGCCGUCUCGUAAAACGAGAGACCUCGGGGUGAAUCCCGAACGCGAGCAGAUUCGAGAGUGAACUUUAAAAUGGAGAGGAUUCGAGCGCUUGCAGAUCGUAGGCUGCUUCGACUACAGAUACACGCGCAUGUUCACGCGUACACACAUAUACAUAAAUAUACCUCAGAACAUAGAAAGUGAUGAGGAUAGGGUAAGUACGCGCGGCGAGCGAAAAGGGGUUUCCGCUUUUCUUCUUCUUCUUUUUUUUUCUCCGUUCUUUUUAAACUAGUCACGUGUGUACCUAAGCCCCGGGGUACGACAAAAGAAGCAAAAUGAACAAAGUGGUAUAUGUAUAUAUACAUAGUAUAUAUAUAGUUAUAUACAUAUAUAUAUGAAGUAUCUAUACAUACAGAUAUAUAUAUAUAUAUAUAUAUAGAUUAAUAACAGUGCAUAUUUCGCGAUUACUUGUUCGUUACUUAUGUAAUUUUGAGCUAGUCGGGCACUACUCUAUUUCACCGCUGCUAUAUACAUAUAUAUAUAAAUAUAUUAAAACACUAUUAUAUAGCAUCAUAAUUGGAUAAUCUUAUCUUGAUAUAACGCGUUUGAUGCGCGCGCCGUGCGAUACUUCGAUGAGUAUCGAGCGAGAUAGUAUAAUAGAGGAGCUCGCUUUCCUUUUCGCCGUUAGCUCUUUCAGUACCUGCCUUAAACCUGCAUUUAAUUAUGAUAAAAAGUUUUUAAGAAAUGUAUUCUAUUCUCUCUCUCUCUCUCUUUCUCUCUUUCUCUUGCCAUGUCCAUUUUGGAAUCUCGGCUUUGUAAAAAGUAACUUCAACUUUAUAAUUUUCUCUUUUAUUGUUCAGUAAGAUUUCGUAAGUACGCUAUUGAUGGAGAUACAAUAUAUAAGUUCCAUGUCAAACAACAGAAUUACAAAUGUAAAUAUUGAAAUCAUUGGAAAAGAGAAUAAUAUAAUGCGACUUUCUUAAAAGUUUGAAGAUUUGACGAUUGGAUUGUUAAAAAGAAAAGAAAAAAAUAUAUAUAUAUUUAUUCUAGAUUUCUCUAUUAUUGUUAAGUGAGUCCGUUUUUAUAAGAACUUUGUCCUAUUAAAGAGAGAAGUGUGGCUUGCCUCAGAAUUAUCCACACUAAUAAUUUUAAAAUAACUUUUGAUGUUUGUAUAUCAUCUCGUUUAAGUGAUUCUCGAUGUCUUUGCAGACCGUAGCGUGUAAAUUAAACUAAUUUGUAAUAAAUUACAGAUCAGAAUUGGAUUUUUGAUGAAUUUAAAUGAGAGAGGGAAAUGAAACGAAAACUCUUGCCUAAAUAUUAGUAUUUGCAUAUUUAUAUACCACGACUUGCGAGAAUGAAUGUUUACUUAACGAUGGUCAGAGAAUUAAACAAGAUUGAUUGUAAAAUUGAAUAGAAUUAAGGAAGAGGAUGAUAUAAUGCCCUUAUAUCUAACUCGGUACUGAAAGGGUUAAAUUGCGUAGUUUGGAUGAAUCUGGAGAUACGAGAGAAUUCGUGCGACUGUUAUUAUUACAUAUUUUCGAUUAUUUCUGGAAGUAACGAUAGCGUUAUAUCUACCUUCUGAAUUUGAGGCGAUCGCGCGAGUCGUCUGUAUCGAAAGUGGCUCCAAAAUUCGCGUCAAAUUUUGAGAGUUUUGUCGAAAUAUAUGACGUCAUCUAUGCAAUAUUUCACUUAAUUCAUUUAUGCUCAACUGGCUGUCAAAAAUUCAUUGCACAUAUAAGUUAUAUUUAUUUUUAAUAUUAUAUAAUAUUUAAGAUAGAAGCAGAGAAAGA